AUGGAAAAUGACCUCAACCAAAGACAAAAGAAUAUUUUGAUUUAUAUUCUUUUACCAAUCUAUUACCUUCCAAAAUAUACAAAAAGCUAUAAUCCAGAUAAGCCACAUGGUGAAAAGACAUUUUCAAAGAUGGUUCUCAAUCUCUCAGUUAUGCACGCCAAAUGUAAAUUUGAAUAUGUUACUGGUGUCCUUCAUUAUUUUUUCUUUUAA